AUGCAGGUGGAGAUCAAUCGUCCCGACAAGGCGAAUGCAAUGAACGCAUCGUUCUUCGCGGAGCUGAGAGAGUGCUUUGACAGCUUGGCCAUGGAUCCAGCUUGUCUUGCCGUCGUCCUCUGCGGAUCAGGGAAGGUGUUUUCUUCUGGUCUGGAUCUUGAGGAACACGCCCAGACGUUCAUGGAAAUGACCACCCCGGCGCCAGCCGGUGACGUCACCAGAGACCCGGCGCGGAAGUCUGUCCAGAUCGCACGAUUCGUCAGCGGAAUGCAGGACAGCUUGGCGUCUCUCGACCGAUGCCCAAAACCGGUUAUCUGCGCGGUACACUCGGCUUGCAUCGGAGGAGGUGUCGACCUUGUGUGCGCGACUGACAUUCGCUUGGCUUCGUCAGACGCCUGGUUUUCCAUCAAAGAGGUUGAUAUUGGACUCUGCGCCGACCUCGGCACGCUGCAAAGACUGCCGAAGCUCAUCGGAAGCGAGUCCUUGGCGAGGGAGCUGGUCUUCACGGCGAGAAAGUUUCCGGCCACAGAAGCUUUACAGGCGGGGUUUCUCAGCGCGGUUCAUGAUGACAAGCAAGCGCUAAUGGAGCACGCUGUAGAGCUAGGCUCCCACAUUGCUGCCCGCAGUCCCGUGGCCAUGCAGGGCAGCAAGAUCAACCUCAACUACGCCCGAGACCACACCGUUGCUCAGGCGCUGCAGCACCAGGCGCUCUGGAGCUCUGUGAUGCUUCAGACCGGCGAUAUCCCUGCAGCUAUCGCGUCAGCUCAGAAGCGCAAGCCCCCGCCUCCUUUCCCACCGCUGUAA